AUGUAUUGCUGUCAGAUUUACGGUCAUUUUAGGUAUUGCUUCAACCGAGCAUAUCAAUGUCCUUCUACAAACUGUGAUUUACCAAUGAUGGAACAUUCCCGAAGAAUGGUUCAUAGGAAUGUUUGCGUGGAAAUAACAACGCAGAAUUAUGUACACUUAAGUGGUGACUUCAGCAGCGCAGUGGUGGAUGAAAGAAAUGCACAAGAGAAAUACAAAUAUGACAAAAGCGAUGUCAUUCAUGUUGGAAGCAACUCCUUAACAAUGAGCCAUCAUCAGUGA